AGAAGAGGGGGGAGAAGACAACUCAGCAAUCAGGUGGAAGCCACAGAAGAGUAAUCCUAACACAGCACAGGAUUUGGAGGAGUGCCGCAAUGAACGCGACCGAAGUCCAGACAGGAAUAGCACACAUCUACAGCCGAGUGAACGCUUCUCGAAAUGGAAGCAUGGUUUACCUGGAUGACUUGUCCGCGAAUAACACAGUCAUCGACAUCUUCACCAUGGGCAUCCUCAUCAUCACCAUGAUAUCCCUCGGUUGUACGAUGGAGAUUUCCAAAAUCAAAGACCAUGUCCUCCGUCCAAGAGGAGUAGCCAUUGCACUGGUGUCCCAGUUUGGCAUCAUGCCCCUCACUGCUUUCUGUCUGGCCAAAAUCCUACAGAUGGACCCCAUCAAGGCUGGGACUUUGCUCAUAUGUGGCUGCUCUCCAGGAGGAAGCUUAUCAAACAUUUUUUCCCUUGCCAUUAAGGGUGACAUGAGCCUCAGCAUCGUAUUGACCACUUCCUCCAGCUUCGCGGCCAUGGGUCUGAUGCCUUUGCUGCUUUACAUCUACUGCCAAGGCUUCCCCGGUCUGGAAAAGGCUGUCCCAUACGCUGGCAUCACCUUAACCCUCGUGUUCACACUGGUGCCUUGCGCCAUGGGCAUCGCCAUCAAUCACUACAAGCCAAACUACUCAGUAGUGGUAAAAAAAGUUGGUCUCGGCAUCCUGAUUGUCUCCAGCAUCCUACUUGUCAUCAUGUCCUGUGCAGCCAUCAAAGACUUGAUAUGGACAGCCUUCACACCAGAGAACCUGGUAGCGGCCGCACUGAUGCCACUGAUUGGCUUUAUCCUGGGAUUUGUCUUAUCUCUCAUUUGCGGACUCAGUGCAAAAUGCAGUAGGACCAUCUCCAUGGAGACGGGGUGUCAAAACAUCCAGCUGUGCUUUGCCAUCCUAAAGGUGGCCUUUCCCCUGGAAGUCAUUGGACCCAUGUUUUUCUUCCCCUUGAUAUACAUGUCAUUCCAGUGUAUCGAGGCCUUUCUCCUGACCCUGUGUUUCAGAUGUUACCAAACAUUCAAGGAACCAGCUGAGGAUACAAGAUAUGCCAGUGUUGAGAUUAAACAUGAGGAGGUGAAACAACCAUGACGGCAUCGCAGCGACAGACCCAGUGCUGCAGCGGGAAAAAUGGAGGGGCUGAAUGCUACAUACUGAGUGCACUCUCUGUCUCAGGAUCUUUACUCAAACCUUUGAUACUGACAAAAAGAUUGUUACUGGAUUUGCAACUAACACUUUAAUGUUUUUCACUUAAUUACAACCAGUGGUUGUGAAGUUGUAGAAACUUAUAUAUUAGAUCUUGUAUUCAUAUAUUUGUAUAUAAAAUCAUGUAAUAUAGAAAUUAGAUAAUUGUAUGAUGCAAUAAAUAUCAGCACAUUUA